GGCCCAGGCUGGCUGAGGCGCUGGGCGGGCUGUGGUGUGUCUCGGCCGGAACUCGGGUGUGUGGUGCCAGCAGUCCGGGACACCAUGGCCAGUGUCCAUGAGAGCCUCUACUUCAACCCCAUGAUGACCAAUGGCGUGGUGCAUGCCAACGUGUUCGGCAUCAAGGACUGGGUGACGCCGUAUAAGAUCGCGGUGCUGGUUCUGCUGAACGAGAUGGGCCGCACGGGCGAGGCUGCCGUCAGCCUCAUGGAGCGGCGGAGGCUCAACCAGCUGCUUCUGCCUCUGCUGCAGGGCCCAGAUAUUACACUGACUAAACUAUACAAGUUAAUUGAAGAAUCUUGUCCUCAGCUUGCAAAUUCAGUACAAAUCAGAAUCAAACUGAUGGCUGAAGGCGAAUUGAAGGAUAUGGAACAAUUUUUUGAUGACCUGUCAGAUUCUUUUUCUGGAACUGAACCAGAGGUUCACAAAACAAGUGUAGUAGGCUUAUUUCUGCGUCACAUGAUCUUGGCCUACAGUAAGCUUUCUUUUAGCCAAGUGUUUAAACUGUACACUGCCCUUCAACAGUACUUCCAAAAUGGUGAGAAAAAGACAGUGGAGGAUGCUGAUAUGGAACUGACCAACAGAGAAGAGGGCGAAAGAAAAAUGGAAAAAGAAGAACUUGAUGUGUCCAUAAGAGAAGAGGAGGUAUCUUGCAGUGGGCCUCUGUCCCAAAAACAAGCGGAGUUUUUUCUUUCUCAACAGGCCUCUUUGUUAAAGAAUGACGAGACUAAGGCCCUCCCUCCAGCUUCGUUGCAGAAAGAGUUGAACAACUUGUUGAAAUUUAAUCCUGAUUUUGCUGAAGCGCAUUAUCUCAGCUACUUAAACAACCUCCGGGUCCAAGAUGUGUUUAGUUCUACACACAGCCUCCUGCAUUACUUUGACCGCCUGAUUCUUACGGGAGCCGAGAGCAAAAGUAACGGGGAAGAGGGCUAUGGCCGGAGCUUGAGAUACGCUGCUCUGAACCUGGCCGCCCUGCACUGCCGCUUCGGACACUAUCAACAGGCGGAACUUGCCCUGCAAGAGGCAAUCAGGAUUGCCCAGGAGUCCAACGAUCACGUGUGUCUCCAGCAUUGCCUGAGCUGGCUUUACGUGCUGGGGCAGAAGAAAUCCGAUAGCUAUGUUCUGCUAGAGCAUUCUGUGAAGAAAGCAGUGCAUUUUGGGUUACCGUACCUUGCCUCCCUGGGCAUACAGUCCCUAGUUCAGCAGAGGGCUUUCGCUGGGAAGACAGCAAAUAAACUGAUGGAUGCUCUGAAGGACUCUGACCUCCUGCACUGGAAACACAGCCUGUCAGAGCUCAUCGACAUCAGCAUCGCCCAGAAAACGGCCAUCUGGAGGCUCUAUGGCCGCAGCACCAUGGCGCUGCAGCAAGCCCAGAUGUUGCUGAGCAUGAACAGCCUGGAGUCGGUGAACGCGGGCGUGCAGCAGAACAACACGGAGUCGUUUGCGGUCGCGCUCUGCCACCUCGCAGAGCUGCACGCGGAGCAGGGCUGUUUCGCUGCAGCUUCCGAAGUGUUAAAGCACCUGAAGGAGAGAUUCCCACCGAAUAGUCAGCAUGCCCAGCUAUGGAUGCUAUGUGAUCAGAAAAUACAGUUUGACAGAGCAAUGCAUGAUGGCAAAUAUCACUUGGCCGAUUCACUUGUUACAGGAAUCACUGCUCUUCAUAGCACUGAGGGUGUAUAUAGAAAAGCAGUUGUACUGCAGGCUCAGAAUCAAAUGACAGAGGCACACAAGCUUUUACAGAAAUUAUUGAUUCAUUGUCAGAAAAUGAGGAACACAGAAAUGGUGAUCAGUGUCCUGCUGUCGGUGGCAGAGCUGUAUUUGCGAUCUUCCUCCCCUACCAUUGCACUGCCUGUGCUCCUGCAGGCCCUGGCCCUCUCCAAGGAGUACCGACUACAGUACUUGGCCUCUGAAACAGUGUUGAACUUGGCUUUUGCCCAGUCUGGGAAUGCAGUCUCCAUGGCAGGCCCUUCACGGAAAUCUGGAGCUGUGAACUUGGUGACAGGCUGACAUCUCCCAGUGGCACUGGCUGCUAUUUAGUAAAGGGGACUCGCCUCCUCAUUGAGGACAUGAGCCUCAGAUCAAUGGGUAGCUGGCCCAGAGCUGUGCUUCAUUUAACAGGGGGAUGAGUAGAAUAAAGAAGUGAGGGAGUUAUGUGUUCAUUGAAAGGUUUUGUAAAUGAAAAUUUUUUUUAAUGUAUGUUUUCUAUCUCCCUUUGUAGAAUGGAAAGGAUAUGAGAGAAGGGACAAUUGUCUUUUCCCUGCUGUAUCCCAUGGUACCUAGUAGGACCUACACUUACAGUGGGCUUUUAAUAUUUAUAGACUGAAUACUUUUUUCUUAAGAUAAAGUUCAUGCCAGUUGGUGUGGCUCAGAGGUUGAGCGUUGACCUAUGAAUCAGGACAGCUCCGUCUGUCUGUCUCUAUUUGCUUAUUCUGUGUAUUUCAUGUAAUGGAAUCAUAUAAUAUCUGGCCUUUUGUGUCUGGAUUCUUGAUUUAGUAUAAUCUUUUCAAGGUUCAUUUAUGUUGUAGCAUGUAUUGCAUCCCUUUUAACAGCUAAAUCAUAUUCUAUUGGAUGUAUACAUGUUUCAUUUAUUCAUCAGUUGAUGGACCAUUGGGUUGUUUCACCAUUUGGCUAUUAAAAAUAGCUGAUCUCAACAUUUAGGUACAGGUUUUUGUGUAGAUAUUGUUUUAUUUCUCCUGGGUAUACUUAAGAGUAGAAUUGCAAAAUAUAACAAUUCAGUUUAACUUGAUCGAUUAUUUUUUUAUUUUUUAUUGAGCUACUGUUGGAUUUCUGGGAUAAAUCCCAGAUGGUUGUUGUAGUGUACAAUUCUUUUAAUAUGCUGCUGGAUUUGGUUUGCUAAUAUUUGUUGAGGAUUUUUUCUCCUGUAAUCAUAAGAUUACAUUCUUUUAAAUCUAUCCUGUCACUCUUUCUCUUAAUUGAAAAGUUUAAUUCAUUUAAUUUAACAUAAUUAUGCAUGAGAAUGGUCUUAUUUUAUUUUGCUAUUUUUUUCCUAUAUGUCUUACAUCUUUUUUGUUCCUCAGAUCCACCAUUACUGCUUUCUUUUGUGUUAAAUAGAUGUUUUCUAGCAUAUCAUUUCAAUUCCCUGUUGUUUCUUUUAUAAUAUACUUUUGAGAUAGUUUCUUAGUGUCUCCUCUUCCUCCAGUGAUCCUAAUACAGCCAAUUCAAUCUUUUGGAAUCACCAAUCUAAAGGAUUUUGGUGUUGAAUCCUUUUGU